AUGACAUCGAAGGAACGCCGAAAUCUUAUUCUGCAGCCAACAAAUCCCUUCGACGAGGAAAAAGCAGAAGCUCGCAGCUGCGGCGCCUCCACAGCAGGUUCCACGCCCACACAACCGCCUGCAGGAAUUGUAUCAACACCUCCUGCACAAAUUCAACCACUUGCAGCUCCUGCUGGUGAUGCUCCUAGCAUUUUCAAUGAUAAUCCUAAAUUGAGAUCCUUUAUGAAGAAGAGAUGGCAGGUCGAAAGCUUGGAGAAGAGAGGAGAAGCGCUGCUGCAGGCUUUGCAGGAGAGCAGACUAACGGAGCCCUUGGUGUCUGUCUGGUUGGCACUCGUAGAUCGUCAUUGUAAAGCACACGGUUUAGUUUGUCAUCAAGAUUUUCCACCAGAUCAUCCUGUCCAGGAAUUAGCACGUUGUCUGCAAGCUGUUCUCAUCAAGCACCAGGGCUUAGGUGCUUUGGCUGUCGCCAUGGUUGACAAAGAAAUCACAACCUCCCAAGCCCGUUUCACCAGGCCGCUCAUGGACGUCCUUCGUGCAGUCCACCAAACCAAAUGGAACCUCAUCAAAAUUCGGCAGCAACUCAACAGAAGUUACAAAGAAGUCUGUUUGCCUCUUCUCGAAAAAUGUCGUUUUCUUUUAUAUGAAAUACGUCCAGCAGUCAGUUGCGAGUUGGCAGCUUACGAAAAGUUAAAUUUCUUAUACAAAAAGACCAAAUUCAAAAACACGGUGCAAAGGAUCAUAAGGGAAUCGAGGAAACAAAAGAGUGUUAAUGGUGAUGGAUUGGUUAAAACAAGACUUGAAGACUUGGUUAAUGCUACGAUAUUACAAUCACAGAUUGGAGAUAACAAGUCGAAUGAGAUAUUCGGGGAUAACCAGAUGAUUUUAGGUGAUUCUGAGGAAGGCAGUGAGGAUAAGAAGGUUGAUAGUUUGCAGGAGGACGUGCAGAUUGAUGAUUUGAUAAAUGAUAUCACCGACAAAACUAUGGCUGAUGUUAGUUAUGGCAAGGUGCUCAAUGGAGCUGUUGAUUUUGUUUUGUUGGAGUGUUAUAAUGAUGUCGAGAGCUUGAGGAGGGCCAUGUACUGUCAGACACAACGUUGUCAACUACGUUUAUCUGGUUAUGAAAUGACAUCACGUCUGCUUCAUGCAGAACAGACUUUAUUGCCUUCAGCACGAUAUUCCCUUCUUGGAGGCUUGCUGGGCUUGAUAGCACCUGCUGCAGGAUCAAAUAUUGAUAAACAAAAACAGAAAUACACUUUGUUGCAAUAUCACAAAGCAAUGAGAAACAGAUCUGCUGUCCAGGAUUUAGAUAGAGUCACAGCCCAUCAAAAGACCAAAUUGCGUUUAGCUCAUGCCAGUAUUUUAGAAUGGAGUGCUUCAAGGUUGAGGGAAUUAGUUUUGCGUGGAGAAGCAGUUCUGGCAAAUACUACUUCGACUGGAGCAUCUAUGGGAAUUUCUAUAAUUGGUGGAGGGAUUACUGUAGGUGGUUCUUGUACAGGCGGAGGAUCUGUACAAGGUGUUAGGGAUAAGGAGCAGGCUAAUCAUGUCACUCAUGCUUUGUUAAAGGAUUUGCCAAGAGCUCGUAUGCUUCUAAGUGUCUUGGCCCUGCUGAGUGCUGAAUAUGCUGCUAACGAAUUGGGACUGUUGGCAAGUUGUGGCACUUUAGCAUCUUUACAUGCACUUUUGAGGCAGAUCACAGGAAACCAAUUGCAUGAUACUCAACAACAAGGCAACAGCUCGAGCAAAGGUAGCAGAGUGAUUAUUUAUGAAGACACAUUAUUAAAUUGUAGCGCUUCUGGUUCUAAAGGCAACGCCCUCACCGGCCAGAAUUGGCUGCUAUGA